GGGAAAAUUAUGGGGUGGUGGGGUGCAUUGGGUUACUUUUAAAUAAUAUCCUUGGCCGUCAAAAAAACCCAAAACUAAACAAAAAAAGUCGACACUAAAAUCAGUCUUCCUUAAAUUACAAUGUAACCAGAAAUUGCAAUAAAAACAUGUCAACGAGAAGAGAAAAGAGUUCAGGAGGGGCAAGAACAGAAAAAACUGUGACUUGGUAAGGAGUAAAGAUGACUGCUACAGAGCCACAGGAACAACCACAGAGGGUAAAACCAUGCAGGAUCAGAGCCCUCUUCAAUAAUAUCAAGUUCUUUGUACUGUGCCAUGGAAUGCUGCAGCUUGCUUUGCUGUUGGUGUCUGGCUAUCUGAAGGGCUCCAUAUCCACCAUCGAGAAAAGAUAUGGCUUCUCUAGUCAGAAGUCUGGAUUGGUGGCCUCAUUUAAUGAGGUGGGAAACACAGUUCUUAUAGUGUUUGUGAGCUUCUUUGGGAGCCGUGUACACAGACCCAGGUGCAUUGGGAUUGGAGCACUGAUAGCAAGUAUGGCUGCAUUUCUGAUAGCGCUGCCCCACUUCAUCAGCGGAGAGUAUGAGUACACUGAUGACAUAAGCAGGCCCAACGAAAAUGUCACGGGUCUUUGCCUGACAGAAAGCGAACGUCCUUCAUCCAAUCAGACAUGCUCUAAAAAGGAGGGUAACGGCCACAAUGACGUUUUCUACAUACUCCUCCUGGGUCAGCUGCUUUUAGGCAUCGGCUGUGUUCCUGUACAACCCUUUGGGAUUUCCUACAUAGACGAUUACGCGAAUAAGAAAAACUCGCCUUUCUAUGUUGGGAUACUGUUUGCGUUAACUGUGAUUGGACCAGCGCUUGGUUACUUAAUGGGGUCAUUCCUACUCCGCUUCUACGUUGACUUCAAUACAGUUUAUCCAGUUGAAAUGAGCAGAGAAGACCCCAGAUGGGUUGGGGCUUGGUGGCUGGGAUUUCUGCUAGCUGGCACCUUGCUCUUCCUUACAUCUCUUCCCUACCUGUUCUUUCCAAGAAGCAUGAAAACAGAGGAAAAAUCUAACACCCAAAUGGAGCCCACAUCAGAGAAGCUCAUGCAAGAGGAAAAGAAGGCGGCUCAGUCAGAUCCGAUGAAUGAACUUUCACUCACCCAGUUCCUCAAAAAUUUUCCGCACAUCAUGUGGAGAACUCUGAGAAACCCCAUCUUCCUUUUGGUGGUGCUGGCUCAGGUGAACCUAGCUGCAAUGGUUGCUGGAUUGGCCACCUUCAUGCCUAAAUUUAUUGAGAGACAGUUCUCGAAAACAGCCUCCUUCUCUAACAUUAUGAUUGGUGGUUUCAGUAUUCCAUCAGCAAUGUGUGGCAUCAUGGCUGGAGGCAUGAUCCUGCGCAGACUGAAUCUCUCUAUCAGAGCCUCAGCAGCUAUGUGCACCGCCGCUGUGCUGGUGGCUAUUAUUUUCGCCAUGCCACUUCUCUUCUUCGGGUGUCAGACGCAGAGAAUUGCUGGAGUCUUCCCUGCUAACAAUGAAAACCUCCCGCAGUGCAGUCCAGCCUGUUCCUGCUCCAAUCAGGCCUACAAUCCAGUGUGUAGCUCUGAUCUCAUUGAGUACCGCUCUCCAUGUCACGCAGGCUGCAAAGUUGCAAUCAAAGGGACAGGUCUGAAAAUCCUGAACUACACAGAUUGCUGUCUGACGCCUUCAGGCUAUGCAGUACCAGGAACAUGCGGGAGCGGCUGCUCCCAUCUUAUCGUUCCUUUUAUGAUCUUCUCCUCUCUUACAUGCUUCUUGGCAUCACUCUCCCAGACUCCAUCCUUUAUGAUGAUUCUCAGGUCUGUGACCCCAGAGGACAAAUCCCUCGCUCUGGGAAUCCAGUUCAUGCUCUUCAGAGUGCUCGCAUUUCUACCUGCUCCUGUCCUGUAUGGAAGUGCCAUUGAUUCAACCUGUAUUCUGUGGGGAGAAAAGUGUGACAAGAACACGUCGUGUUUGUACUACGACUUAGAUCUUUUCAGAACACGAUUUCUGGGACUGCAGACGUUUUUCAUCUUCGGAGGUCUGAUGUUUUUCGUUCUCUCCUAUGUGGUUCUGAGGCGAUCAUCUUCAGCCCAGCCGGAGCAAACAGAACAAAUAAACUGCUCAGAGAAACCAGAGAAAGAGCAGCUGAGCCAGUCGAAUGGACAGUAUGAGAAAGUGUGAGUGCUGAGAGAGUCUGUGUGGGACUGCUGUGAGUAAAGGUUUUAGAUCCAUUCUGCAUUGUAUUCAACUCCCUAAAAUGUGGAAGCCUUAGGCGUCUCCCGUGAUGUGAACUGCACAUGCUACUGUUGUGCCACACUGUGCUUGCAUCUGUGAAAACAUUGAACCAGAAGUGAAUUCACACUGUGAGGUCAGCACAUGUUCUUCGGGAAUGUCUGUUUUAAAUCUUUUAGGUUUGCAGUUGUUGCAAAAUCAAAGAGGAAUGGUUUGGAAUAACCACAUAUAGGUUUGUGUACAAAGUGCAUUAUUAGUAAAUAUGUGUGAAUAGUGCUGUUAACUUCUGUUGAAUUACAUAUUCCCUGCUAGAAAUGUGACAUAAGCAAUGUUGUUGGUGGUGAAGUUGUGUUAAAGUAUAUCGUCGCUGUCUAAUGGAAAACAAGUGCCUCCUAAACAGCAACUUUACAGGAGAGAGAUAAAACUUUCUAAACUUUCAGUGGUAGUCAAUGUAAAAAAAAAAAUUCAGGAAGUUUAGAAGAAAUUCUAUGAUUCCUAUAUCAGGAAAUGAUAAAACAGUGAAAGAAACAGUUGGUUGGUUGAAAUUAUGUAGAAAUCUAAAAAUCUCCAAAAAUGGAGAUGCUUGUUUUUCAUUGGACAGCAACGAUAUAUACCUUUGGGCAAAAUUAUACAGCCAAAUUUUAUAUUCAAAUAUUAUAUUUCUUCAUGUUGGUUGUAAUUUUGAUCAUAUCAGUAUCAAUGUGAACAGUAUAAUCGAAAUGUGUUUAAAAAUCAAACUAAAAUGCUGAAACAUUUUAUAAUGUGAUCGAUGGGUAUAGAUUUUUUUCCAGCUCUAAUAUACAUAUAUACAGUACUGUGCAAAAGUAUUAGGCACUCACAAAUGUUUACAGUUAUUGGUAUUAGCAGUAAGUAUUGUAGAGUAGUGAGAAGUCAGAAUGUGUUUUUUUUUUAUCAGUAUAGUUAUAAAGUUAGUGAGUUAGAAGAACACAGUUUUGCUUCCUGGCCUCUCUGUGAACAGCUCCACUUUUAAUUCACUUUAAUGAGGAAGUAAUGCAAAAAUAUAUAUAUAAGCACAGUAUAAACACGGUGCUUCUUAAAGGUGAGCAAUGGAAAAAUGGUUAAAUAAUAUAUUUUAACUAUAAUUACAGAAUGGUGUUGUUUAUUGGUUUGUCUGUAUUGUAUCCCUUUUUUAAAUACUCACUGCUUCAAAUAUUUGAGACAGGACAUUUUUUGAGAAGACGCACUUUUGUUUCUUCAAAAAUGGUUUAGAAAUGAGGUCACACCCGAGUGGUUGGUGUUCCAGUUAAACAUUAUAUAUAUUAUUAAACAUUAUAUAACAGUUUACCACAACAGGUUUUACAGUUAUUUAUCAAUGUUUUUGUCAAAUCCAACCAAAUCAUAGUUUUUUGUGUCCCAGGUUAUCACUGUUAGCAUUGUCCUGUGUUAGGGAUUACUGUUAGCAAUAUCAGUUGAUAACAAUACAAUCUGCAGUAUUUUGCACAUCUAAACACUAUGAAAACAUGCCUACAGAUACAGGUUAGACAGUACUGUAUGUAUGACGGACUUAAUGAAACACAAAUGCAUAGAAGUGCUAAAAAUCAGUGUAAAACUACUGCUUUACAGCCAUUCUUGGACUGUAAAGCUCGAACUCAGGGUUUGUUCUGAGUUUUGACUUUCUAAGCAGGAAAUUCAACCUGUAGAAUUGGAUGAGUUGAAAUGUAAUCCUUAAAAAAUAGAAACUUCCCAUAUUUAGAUAUGAAUGGUAUGCAGGAAAGAGCAUAAUGUCCAAAUAAAUAGUUUAAUUUCCUUAAAUGCCUAAGACUUUUGCAGUACAGCAGUGUAUGUAUACACUUUUUACCUAUCCUCUUUUUAUAUCUUUUUAUAUUUUUAUACACAUAUUCUUUGUUCAGCUUUAAGCUAACUGUAAAUAGAUAUUUUUUGAUAAUUUGUAAUAAGCUCUUUGUCUGUAUGUGUGUUAAACAUUUCCAGUUGUUUGGGAAAAAAAAGCUAGUUGAGUUUAUAUUAAUCCAGAAUCACUUGUCAGCAUCAGCUGCUGAUAUGAAAUCUCAUUUUAACCCGACAUAUAUUCAUAACAUGUCAAGCAUGUUGUUUUCAGCCUGUAUACAAAAAUGUGAAGUGAUAUCUUUGUUUAAACAAAGUUUUAUCCAGUGGCGUGGGGGUUGUGUGUGUGCUUUGGACACAGUCUGAUCGACAGUUGUUCUGUAUAAUUAACCUUUUUUUUUAUGAAAUGUUAUAUAUGAAAACAUUUUAUGUAGUGCACAGCUUUUGCUCACACUUCCAAGAAAUGGUUUAAACAAGAAUGAGCUGUUAAAAUAGAGCAUGCUCAUCGUUUGGCAGAAGUGCAUGUUUUUCUCAAGACAAACCAAAUAAUAAAUUAAUCAGAGGAUGAUCUUCUGUAGCUUUACAGCAAAAACAAAAUAGCCUGGCCUUAAGAUAAAAUCACAUAAAUACAAUAAAAGACCAUUUCAGUAUGCUAAUCUUAACAUAACCUUAUCACUUACCCUAUCCAUAAUUCUACCCUCUAGAAACUCUUUUCUGUCCAUUAAAUCCUUUUUUAGAAGCUUUAUACUGGAGAAAAGUAGCAUAAAUAGUGAGUGACACUGUUUUCUCAAUUCUUCUUCAAGUACAUGGCAGACAGGUUGUAGCUAUAGUGUAAACCACACAAUAUAAAAUAUGUGCACAUUUUAUGAGACGCUUCUGAAGAGAACAAAUAAAGCAGAUGUUUAAAGAGCAGUUCUUUGCAGUGAGGCCACAAAACAUUCCUUGCCAGGGUGCUCAUUCCUUAUCAUAGAUACCGACUGCCCUGAAACGUUCAGAUCCCACAUAUUUGACUCUAAUAUUCAUACAUCCCCUGCAGGCCUUCAUCUGGAACAGUUGUGAAAUCUUCAGGUCCUACACCACUCAAUCUUGUAUGUCCAAGCCAAGAAUCAGUCAAUAUCUUUUAUUUUUCAAUAGGUUAUGUAACAGGACCAUAAACAAACUUGGAUAAGGAUAUGUUAUAACGUGCCAAAAGUAGUAAGAUUGUAACGUCUCUAUUGUGCUCAAUGAGGCUUAGAACAAAGGUCUGUGAAAGUGGGAGUGAGGCAGCUACGAUAAACACAAAACCACAGCGUUUUUUUUUCUUUGAUUUUCUAAACUGCUGGCCUCAUUUACAUUGAUAUGCUUGUAUACAGUAUUUCACAAUGUGUUUGGGACCAGACUUUGAUUCUUGCACUUUUAUGACCUUUUCAGUUGUUUUCUAGUUUCAUACAAAGGAGGAAAAAUCUAUGUGGUAACUUUGUGGAGAGAUUUCAUGUAUGUAUUUACUAAAGCCGAUUUUUCUGUGUUUAACCAUGUUGGUGGAACAGUUAUAUAAUCUUUAAUGAAAUGUAUGAUGAAUA